UCAUAUUUCAAAGUAUUACUGACAGCACACCAUCUUCUUCAGCUGAGUUUUCCUUAUUGAUUUUAUUCACAUCAAAGAUUCCUAUAAAUACCCCACCUGAGACACCCACUUAAUCUCACUUACAAUCAGCUUUAUCACAUCUGCAACUCAAAAGUGAAAGAAGCAAGAAAAUGGAGGCAAGAAAAUUAGGGUUUGCUUUCACUGCCUGCAUCAUUGCCAUAAUGGCCUUUUCCAAUGUUGCAGUCAAAGCUGCCGGUCUUGACGACACCGCCGCGCCGGCGCCGGCGCCGACGAGUUCUGCAGUGGCCUUAGGCGUUCCGGCAGCUGUGGCUGCCAUUGCUUCUGUAGCUGCCGCUGCUUUCUAUUAGAUUUUUUAAAUCUACUGCUUUAUUCUGCUGAUAUUUUUCUUAUCAUGUCUAAUUCAAGAAUUCAUCAAUGUUCUGUUCUCGUCUGUUGUUUAAUUUAAUGGAAGCCUUCAGAUUC